AUGGAUAUUAAUGUUAAGCUCAUGCAAGCAUCUCUACAGGCAUCACAACUAUCGCAAAAUGUUAUUGUGCAUUCAAAUGGCCUUGGUACAAUGCCGGGCAAAUGUAUACUCUAUAGUGAUAAUCGCAAUAUUGGUGAUGGUCACGUGGUUUGUGGCAUAUCAUCAUUAAAGGACAUCAAUGUGCUAGUACCUGCAGGUUACUCAAUAAGACAGAUUAUAAACAGUACACGGCUCGACGUAUUAGUUGCUGAGGAUAUCGAUGUAAUGAAAAUAGAUGUUGAAGGAUCCGAAUUACAUGCAAUACGUAGCGGCAUUGGAUUAUUUGACCGAUAUCGCGUUCGUCACAUCAUAUCAGAGUUUUCUCCUAGGAUGAUGCGAGAUAAAAACUCCGAUCCAAAUGAAUAUCUUAACUUUUUUGCCUCUCGUGGAUACAAUAUUCGAAUUAUCAAUGAUCAGUUACCUGGCUUAUAUGAGCGAAACGCUUGGCAGACAGUGCGUAUUUAUAGAUCUCAGGAAGAUCUACGCAAAUUAAACAAUGCCGGAGAGUUGGAGUUAUGGUUUACAAAAAAUUAAGCUGGGCAUUGCCGAGACGACUUUUAGACCUAAUUCGAUUUGAACGUUUUUCAAUGUCCAAUCACUAUUGGUCGAUUAUGUAUGGUAACUAUUUUGACUGCAGCAGCCAUCAUCCCCACUAAAGUAAAUUGUCUGAUGCCUUAGAUUUACUACCCAAGCAGACAGAUAUGGCGGUUUUUGACGUUUUUUGAAUAAAAGUAGCAACUUUUAGUCAAAUUUUAUGCGUUUUUUUUUGUUUAUUUCAAAAAACACACAAAAAAUCGUGUUUUUGUCGAUUUUUUCGACAUUUUCUUUUUUUUCCACUUUUUUUUACUCAUUUUUCUGCCAAAUUUCGUCGAAUUUACGCAUGAAAGUGGUUGAAACGUUAUUUAUAAAGAAAAACGCCCAUUGUACCUCAAAAAUUUGAAUUUUUGAGUGUAAAUGAGAUACAUUUUUUUAUCGAAAUUUUUUCUGAGCAACUUUUUUCACGUGCACAGUACACAUAAUCAAAUGCUUUCUUAUAUUUUUGAUGAGAUAUUUUUGUAUUCAGUUCUGUCUCUACCUUAUUUCUUAAGAUGUUUGUAUUCUUCAUGCUCGAAUGAAUAAAUGAAAAACAGUGAACUUGUCUUAGUAUUAUAAAUGUUUAUUUCGUGGUAAAAAAUAUAUGAAAAUAUUUUUUUAUUUAUGCACUUUCAGUUGUAUUUGGAAAAAUAAAAAAUGUACAAUUAUUUUCUUGUUCAAAUUUAAAAACUAAUUUCAGUAACAAAUGAGUAUGUGAAACACUAAUGGGAUCGGUUCGUGUUUUUUGGAACCGAACCGAACCGAUUCCAAAUUUAAGGAUAUAAAGAAGUCUUGAAAGCUUAUAUUUUUUUCUAAGAAUAUUCCUCUAAAAACCUUUAUUGAAGACAUGCUUAAAACGUCCUUAAUAAUUUUAAAAACGAACUAGAAAUUUGUAAUAGAAAUAAUGUUAACAACAUGGGUAUUUUCGUUUUCAGAAUAAAAGAAAUUUCGGAUGAUAGAAGACUAGUUUAUUUUCAGUGGUUAGUCAAUUUAUUCCGCUAAUCAAGAGCCGUUCAAGGUAUUUUUUGUCGUCGUUCAGUGCAGAUAUAUAGGAGCUACAUUUUUUUAUCAUACAUCCAUUUUAAUAGAACAAUAUUAAGUAAUACUUUUAUAAUAAUUAUUUACCACCUUAUUGAAUCCAGCUUUACUCUCAACUUACAAGACUUAUAUGACAAAGAGAACCUAAAAUUGAGAGCAACAAUCUACCCAUAAUUUGAAAAUGAACAAUUUCAAUGACCUUUUCAGGCUUUGCUUAUCAAUCUAUUUCGAAAUAUCAUUUAGGUGAUAUUUUCUUAACUUAAAUGUUCAUCGUUAUAUAUUCCUUGAACGUUAAAAAGAAAGUAAUGUUUUCGUCCUCAACUAAGAAUUAUUACAACAUGAUAAUUAAUUGAUACUUAUUUAUAUAUAUAUGAGUGCUUCAUACGGAAAUGUAGCCUGUAAAAGGGC